UUUAUACUUCCCUCAGUUCUAUCCAUCUACUACUACAUCUUGGCCUUCUCCUUAUUUAUGUAAUUACUCUUCUUUUCCAUCCCCUUCGUCUUCUACUUCUUCGACCUUGAAUAGUUCUACCAUGACAACCACGACGGUAAGGACGCCAAUGAAGCAAGGAGUACUACCAGCAGAUUGGGUAGCCCCUAAGGAGCAGCUAUGGCACUCGAUGAGAGAAAAAGAGCUGAUGUGGCUGGCAUCUAUGUCGCCCCUUGUCGAGGACUACCCCUUCAACAGGACUCCAAAGGUUGCAUUCAUGUUCUUGACCAGGGGUAGACUCCCACUCCGACCACUUUGGGAGAGGUUCUUCAGUAGACACCAUGGAUUGUUCUCCAUCUACCUCCAUUGCCCACCUGAUUUUAACGAGGAACCACCCCAAUCUUCUGUGUUUUUCAACCGUAGGAUACUAAGCAAGCCAGUCCAAUGGGGAAGAGCAACAAUGAUCGAUGCAGAGAGGCGCCUAUUAGCCAAUGCACUCCUGGACUUGUCUAAUGAGAGAUUUGUAUUGCUCUCCGAGACAUGCAUUCCUGUAUUCAAUUUCACUACAGUCUACAACUACCUCAUCAACUCCAAUCACAGCUUCCUUGGCUCUUUCGACGACCCACGCCCUGUAGGCCGUGGUCGAUACAACAAGCGGAUGUGGCCAAUUGUAGUAUCCCUCUCUGAUUGGCGCAAAGGGUCCCAGUGGUUUGAAGUGCACCGGAAGCUCGCAAUUCAGAUAAUUUCUGACCAGAAGUACUAUCCGGUCGUCCGACAACAUUGCAGGCGUUCAUGUCACAUGGACGAACAUUACUUGCCAACCCUUGUGACUAAGCUCCACCCGGACCUGAACUCGAAUAGGAGCAUCACUUGGGUGGAUUGGACAAAUGGUGGUUCGCACCCAAGAAGGUUCGUCGGGAGGGAUGUUUCUCAGUCAUUGUUGAACCGGGUUCGGUGUGGUUUUAAUUGCUCUUACAAUGGUAAUUAUACUAGUUCAAUUUGCUUCCUCUUUGCAAGGAAAUUUCAUCCCAGCACUUUGGAGCUAUUGUUAAGGAGUUCUCCAGCAAUGUUUGGUUUUGAUCCUUGA